GUUCUUAUCAUAGCUCAAUGGGUCCAAGUUGAGUUUGGAAGUUUUGAAGUAAAAGGGAAACGAAACUGAGAAGACAACAUUCCGGUGUAGGGAGACUGAACAGCAUUCACCCUCUUUGUCGAGUUACAUUGGACAUGCCAUGGGGACGAGGCAACACUGUUCAGUAACGAUAUCAACCAAACCAGGAAAUGUCCAAACACAGGGAGAGCGUCAUGUCACGAUCAGAGUUAACAAGGGAGCACUUGGGCCAGUACAUCUCAAACACCCUCAGCCACAUUCACACAGUGAGGGAGUUCUGUGACAGACAUUCCAAAUGGGCCCUUCAGAGGGAGACAGAACUGGAAAUGAUGAGGGACAUCAAGCAGAGGGCAGACAGAAUUGACCUUAAGUUCGACCAUGUCCGUAACUCAGAGACCAAGGCCAAGGCGUUUGGGGAGUUCGUAUGGAGCGGUCUGACCCAGGGGACUGCAGACAGUAGGCGUGAGGAGCUGGAGAAGGAGCUGGGGGCUGUACUAAAGGACACUCUGGGAGGCCUGGAGAAGCUGGAUUACUUCCUGCAUGCUGUGGAGUGUCUGGCGGUCACCUGUCUGUUGGUGUUUGAGGAGAACAGGUUCCUCUGUCUGCCUCAGGGGACGAGCCCUGCCAGUGUUCAGGCUGUCGUCACUACUGUCAGAAUAUCCUGCCCUCUCCUCAUCCACUUUAAGAGGGAUGCUAAGUCCUUCUUUAUGCCCAGCCUCCUCAAUGUAGAGGUGCUGGCCCUCCAGCUGGACAGAUACAUACAAAUCAGCCAGCAGCUCUGUAAAAUAAUGGAGAAGGGUAGCUCCAGUCAAAUGCUGUUUUGGAAAAAUAAGAAUGACAGUUUGGUCAACCUUGGUGCUGAUGUGAGUGAAGAGUCCAUACAAAAGAUGAUGGACCAUUUGAAUCAGCUGAAUGAUAUCAGGAUGGACCAGCACCUCAGACUAACAUUCCUGUUCCAAGAGGCUGCUCAGCGCUUCAUUGGCCGGUUCAGCCAGCGCCGACCCAGGAUGGAGCAGUUUCUGACCGAUCUGGAGGAAAAUGCUGUGCAGCUGGACAGGAUGAAGCUGGGGGCUAAGAUCUCCAGUGUGGCAGGCAGCUCAGUGGGGGUGGCUGGAGGGAUCCUAUCCAUAGUGGGCUUAGCUCUGACCCCUGUCACUGCUGGGGUGUCACUGGCUCUCACCAUUGCAGGGGUCAGCCUGGGGGUCACCAGUGGGGUCAACAGUUUAGCCACUGGUAUCACAGAGAUGAAGGUCAAUAGCAUCCAUGAGAAGAAAGCCAGAGAAGUCUUCCAGAAUUUCAUGGAGGACGUGGAGAGUCUCCAGGAGUCUCUGGAGGAUGUGACCAGGAAUAUAGAGCCCAUCUUGGGGCAGAGCAGGGUGGACGGCGUGCUGGGGGCAGGGAAGGUGAUUGCCACAGCCGGGGCCAUUGGAAAAGGCAUCGACUCCAUAGUGGACUGUGCCUCGGCUCUGAGUGUUAAGGCCCUUGCAAAGGAAGAUCUGAUUGCAAGCGCUGGUAAGUUGGCGCUCCAGGAAGGCAAAGCAGCACGAAACCUGCCCAAGCUAGCAGGGGACAUCCCAGACAUUGGACAGGUGGCCAAAGGCACCCCACUAGCCCUCUCCAGCUCGGCACGGGCUGGUUUUAUCACUCUCAACGCCCUCUUCAUUGGCCUGGAUGUUUUCUUCAUCUGUAAAGACAGUGUGUGCUUGGCCAAAGGCAGCAAGAGUGAGUUCUCCCAGCUCAUUCGUGCCAGAGCGGCCUUGUGGCGCACAGAGCUAGACUCCUGGCAGAGGAUCUACGACUCGCUGUGUAGAGGAAUUUGGAAGUUCAGGAAGUGCCAGAGAAUUUUGGCUCAGUCUUUUUACCCUCCUGGAGGAGAAUAUUUGUAUCAAUAAUAAUAGUCCUUGUUUCUGGUGUUCUGAAAUACCUUUGUAAAACAAUUAUUUAAUAAAUCCUUUUUUAAUUGGU